GAUCCGCUCCUUAUCCUGUUCUUCCUCACCGCUCCACUGCCAAACAAAUAAACAAAAGUUCAAUCAACACUCUCUCUCCACUCUCCGCUGUCGCCGUCCGGCGUCACUAACAUCGGAAAUUUUGAGCCACUCACCGGAGAUUAUGGAUGCUCCGGCUGCUGAUCUCGUUUUCCUAAAGAACAACAGCCAUCGCUUCUUUGGGAGCCCCAAUCUUCUUAUCUGCAUCGUGCUUCGGAAAUGAACCAGAGGGAGGAUUGAAACUUGAGAGAAACUAGUUGUGUUCCGACACACGGUCAUAUAUCGUCAUCAUGCCUUUCACAAUGAAGAUUCAGCCAAUUGAUUCCCCCGGUCAUGAGGAGGCAAUUCGGCUUGAGCCGGUGAAGCCCAUGAUGAAGUCGCGGCUGAAGCGACUCUUGGAGCGCCAGUUCUCUGGUGUCCUCCGCAAUUCGGCGGCGGAGAAGAUCGUUGCUGAGGAGCUGCCACGUUCCGGCAAAGAUGGUUUCGCUGAUCUCGAACCGAGCUCAGUGUGUCUGGCAAAGAUGGUGCAGAGUUUCAUGGAGGGGAAUCACGAGAAGCAUUCCGCUGCCGUGAAAUGCGUCCGAAACCGCUACAACAGCUUCGAGGAUAGCUCUGACGCGGAAACGCUAGCGUUUGGUAGUUUCAGCGACUCGAGUUAUUCCUCCUCUGGUGAAACGCUGGAAAUCCUCAAGGGUUUGGUGGCAUGUGCGAGUGUUUAUGAGAGGAAUUUGCUAGCGGACACUACAAAGAUCAUUGAGAAGAACAAGGCAACGUGCAAACGAAAGGACGAUUGUUGCAGAAAGAUCAUCACUGAAGGGUUGUUGGCUGUCGGAUACGAUGCUUCUGUAUGCAAGUCUCGCUGGGAAAAAUCAACGUUCUGCCCUGCCGGUGAAUAUGAAUACAUUGAUGUGAUAAUGGGAAAGGAGCGGGUGGUGGUUGACGUUGACUUCAGAUCAGAAUUCGAGAUUGCUCGACCCACCAAGACAUACAAAGCGAUCCUCCAUACUCUACCUUACGUGUUCGUCGGCACGUGCGACCGGUUGCAGAGCAUCGUGGCAAUCGCUUCGGAGGCGGCGAAACUGAGUCUGAAGAAAAGGUGCAUGCAUGUUCCGCCGUGGAGAAAAGUGGAAUACGUCAGAGCCAAAUGGCUCUCCCCCUACACGUGCUCGCGUGGAGUCAAAGAGGAGACCGAAGAGAAAAAGCAACUUGUGGAAGCGUUGUUGGUAACUGCUGCUGCUGAAUGCGAUACUUCCCGUGAAGAUGAUGAAAAAUCAAAGUCAAAGUUGGUGUCUAAGAAGCCACUGGAGAUGAAACCCAAGAGCUCACAGUCCGGUUUGGCAGCUGUGUUCCAUGAAAAGCCGUAAUUUUUUUGUCUUUUAUUUUUUUGUUUGUUUACUUUUUUGGCUUUUUGUUUUAUAUAAAGUUUUCAGAGUGAGAUUCUAAAAGGCUGUGUAAGUAGUUUUUCUAUGAUAACUCUGUGCCCUUCUUCUUUUUAUUGUAAGGGAUGGAUUUUUAGUGACAGGAAUAAGAAGUAAAGGUUAAAAGAAUUAUAUUGUCAGCUAUUGGCGAGAUUGUGAGAAGAUGAUUCUUUACUUAUUUGAUAA